ACUAGUUUACACAAGAUGGCGUCGAAAUUUGAAGAAGGUCGCCAUUGGGCACAAGUUAUUUUCACCCAUGACAGCAAACCUCCCGUCCUUAUUGAUAAAGAGCAGAUCACACUGGGCAGGAAAGAAGAUUGUGAUAUCAGCUUUCCUGGCUGCAAAUUUGUAUCUGGUCAUCACUGUACUAUUACAAGAGAUCCAGGUGGCACAGUUUGGCUUCAAGACUUUAGUACCAAUGGAUCAUUGUUGAAUGGGAAGAAAAUUGACAAAGAGAAGGUAAUUAUAUAA